UGACAAAUACUCUACUGAGCAGCGUGAUGGUGGGUGCGUAGUGACUACAGUUAACGUCGAACAAAAGUUUUAGAUAAUUAGCUUUCUCAAUUGUUAGGUAACGUCACUACUGCUAUACCUUAUGCCGCGUUCUUGUCCUAGUCGGAACUAGGAAACUGACAUUUCCGACUUGAUAACUGGUUGAACGAGGCACGUGUAACUUAAACCAGUUUGCAAGUCUAAUUUCAGAGUCUCCUAUUUCCGACUAGGACGUGAACGCGGCAUUAGCUCUCGAAAACUAGGGAGAAGGCAGAAUGCCGCCUCGUUUUCAGGCAUUAGCAUCGCCCACUACUACAUGUGAACAAUCCCGAAGCGCUGUUAUAACGUUUAGAAACGUCAAUAAUCGCUUGUAAAUAUGGCUUUCGAAAAAUGACAUUUUAUAUUUAAUCAGCGAGAAUUAAAAAUUUUAAAAAAUCCUUCAAAUAAAAAAUGUACAUACUGUAGCAGUUUUGCAUAUAUCUAUACAGCUGGGCGCCUACAUCCAACGAAACUACACUUCCCGAGUUAGGCAUAUACAGGUGUUCAAACAUUGCUAGAUAGUUUAUUAGCCUUUUUUCUCACGUAAACAAGCGCUGUAACAUGGAGAUAUGGCCAUGUGGGAGCAUGAACCAAGCCCUAUCAAGGUGCUUACCAAUUUAACCAGACAUCAAGAGACUAGUGUUAAUGUUCAGAUUGAGUUUUGGGGUCUUUUAUACUAGCAAUAUUUCAAUCUGUUCGAUUUCGCAGUGUGGAUAAAGGUAAAAUGUGCAUGUCCCAUCUCAGAAUUGAGGUGUCUUAAUGUAACCAUGAUUGCAUUCGACCUCAGUGCAACUCGGUGUAAACAAGCGUAAGGGUAGAGACAGCAUCUUCUGGCAAGCCCUAAACUAUGUUGCUAACUUGCUAGGUAGCUAUGGUUUCACAUCCUCUGCUGUGGCUGGCUGUAUACUGUUAGGUAGUCUAAUAUCCACAGGAAAGUGUUUUACACUUCUCCAGCGUGCCAGUGGCCAUCGAAGGUGAGCAUUUGCCCACUGAAGUCUGUUACGACUCCAAACUGCAGUCAGGUCAAGACCCUGGUAAGGACAACGAGCACACAGAUAAGCUUCCCAGAGACGAUUUCUGGCAGUUUUUGAAGAAAUUGUUUGCUUGGUCUCAGAUUAUCCCACAGGUGAAGAAGCCAUAUGUGUGUUGGUGGUCCUGGGCUGACGACGUCUUUUGUGAAGCCUGUUGGACGUACUGCCAAAUUCUCUUAAAUGACAUUUGAGGUGGCCUUUUAUUGUCCCCAGCACAAGGUGCACCUGUGUAAUGAUCGUGCUGUUAAUCAGCUUCUUGAUAUGCCACACCUGUCAGGUGGAUGGAUUAUCUUGGCAAAAGAAAUGCUCACAGAUUUGUGCACAAUUUCUGGAAUAUUUUAUUUCUGCUCAUGAAACAUGGGACCAACACUAUACAUGUUGUGUUUUGUAUUUCUGUUCAGUGUAGUAGCUAGCUAAUCAGUUUACUUUUUAAAAUUUCUCUACAGCUUUGCACCAUGAUGAAUCUGGUGAUGGGGGAGGCUAUUCGUAAAAUCUGCCAACUAUUCCUAGUGACCUCCUCAUGUUUACAAAAUGAAAAUGGGAAACUGAAAACCAAGGUGGAGGAGAUGGAGGAAGAUAUGAAGACAAUAACUGAGAAGGCUGAACAUUAUAGAAUGUCUCUAGCUAAAGUAGAGGCACAAGCGGAACCGAAAGGACCUACCCAUGUUCUGCACAAUGGAAUCAUCUUUGCAAUUAAACCACUUGAUCUCCCACUGUUGCCUGGAAUGACAGCGGGUUCAGCAUUGCCAGGGAAUGUCAGUCAAGCAAACCCUGUCACUAACGCAGCAUCAGUCCGUGCAGGUCUUGCAAAAGUUUGCAGUAAACCCACAGAGACGUCUUCAUUGGAGAAUGACUCUCUGGGAGACACAGAUGGACUGAAUACAGACCUCUCCCCAAGAGACACUGAAUCCAACGUUGAGCAUAUGAGAGCUGCUCUGCCAGGGAGCAACGAGAGAGACGGCCAUGAAAGCCAGAAAAACAGCAAUACUACUAAAGGGACACGAUCCAAAGAAACCAAACGCUUCAAGUGUGAUGUUUGUGAGAAGACCUUCAGCAAGAAAGAGUUGUUGAGAGUUCACAAGUUAACGCAUACAAGACCCUUCAAGUGCGAUGUGUGUCAGAAGACCUUCACCAGGAAUGGGUUACUGGAAGCUCACAAGCUAACUCACACCAGACCCUUCAAGUGUGAUGUUUGUGACAAAGUCUUCAACCUGAAUCGCUUGCUGGUACGUCACAAGCUAAUUCACACAGGAGAGAGGCCAUUCGCUUGUGGUCAAUGUGGCAAAACAUUCAGAAUGUCCAAGCAGCUCGAACAUCACAUGGUGCGUCACAGAGAAAAAACAUUCAGUUGCAAAGUUUGCGACAGUAUAUUCCCUGCCAAGAAAGAUCUGACACAACAUCGGCUUGUUCAUGCUUUGGAGAGACCGUUCAAGUGCCUGACUUGUGGAAAGGGUUUCACAUCAAGGGCUGCGCUUAUGGGGCACGAGAGAAUCCACACCGGUGAAAAACCACACAGCUGUGCUGAAUGUGGGAAGAGUUACAGACUGUCUUAUGACCUAAGUAUUCAUAUGCGAAGACAUACAGGUGAACGUCCGCACUUAUGCUCAGAGUGUGGUAAGAGCUUUAUAACUAAAUCCAGCCUUGAAAACCACAAGGUAAUCCAUACAGGGGAGAAGCCAUUUAAAUGUGAGACCUGUGGAGCUGCUUUUGGCCAUAAAGCAAACCUUCAGAGACACCAAGUUCUUCACACAGGGGAGAGACCUUACAAAUGUAAAGUGUGUGGGAAAAGCUACCUUCAGUCCACUGACCUAAAAGCUCACAUGCACCGUCAUGGGGCAACCAAACCAUUUAUGUGUGACCUAUGUGGAAAGACUUUCAUUUACAAUUACCAAAUGAGACAGCACAAUCUAAAAUGGCACACAGCUGAAGGAGAGAACCUUCCUGGGGGAGUUGGAACCUUGACAAAGCCAUUCAGUUGUGAUGUAUGUUUGAAUGGCUUCAGCUCCAUGCUAACUCUGAAAAAGCAUCAAGAAAUUCACACAGGACAAAAUCAAUACUCUUGUUCUGUUUGCGGGAAGACCUUUGCCUAUAAAAAUACUUUGGACUAUCACAUGAAACUUCACAGUGGAGAGAAGCCCCAUGAAUGUAAAUACUGUGGAAGAAAAUUCAUUCUUAAGCAAGCUCUCAAAGGACAUGAGCGAACCCAUACAGGUGAAAAGCCCUUCAAAUGCAGUUAUUGUGACAAGACUUUCUCAGUCAACAGCAAUCUCAAAAGGCAUGAGCGAGUCCACACGGGAGAGAAGCCAUUCAAAUGUGACGUCUGCGGGAGAGGUUUCAGCCAAGCCAACAACGUCAAAGCCCACAUGCAAGUCCACACUGGAGUUAGGCCUUAUUAUUGCAAGAGAUGUGGAAAGGGCUUUUCUGACAUAAGACACUACAAAAACCAUAGCUGUAAUGGUGUGGCAGCAACACGUGAUCGGUCUCGUAAAUCUUCAGACCGCUCUUUCAGAAGUAGGAAAGGAGGUAGAGACAGGAGUGCUUGCCAUAAUGCUGCUGUGAUGUCGACUCAGUGAUAUAUUCUUGAUCAUUCACAGUGGGGCAACUUCCUGCUUUCAGACAUCAGGAAAAACAUGGAUGUAUUCAGCAGGGUGAGAAGUUCUCGGGUGAGUUUCUGGAAAGCCUCGUAGGGAAUGAGAUGCCGUAAUGCUUGGAGAUUUUGCUAUAAGUCUUAGUCAAUGUUCAUGAGCCCACAUUAUCAUGGAGACGUUGUAUAUUUCUGACUGUGUUCAAUCAUUUACAAUGUGUUAUUUUUUAAAAUGUUGUGUAAAUCCUUAAAACACCUAAUUCAUGUGAAAAUAUCAGAACUACACAUUAAUACUUUGUCCAUCAGCUACAUAGGACCGCUCAAUUAGUUAUUCAGGUGAUUGUCCUGAUUGGGCAAGAAUUUUGAAAGAAUUCUUGUUUUUAAAGGUCCAAUUUGGCUGUUUCUUUAUCAAUAUCAUAUCAUUUCUUGGUAACAAUUGAAGUACCUCAUUUUGCUUGUUUUCAAUUAAAAUGUUCAAAAAUAUAUUUUAAAAUCA